GCCACGACUGGAGGAGUGCGCGUUUCAUUUGUGUGCAAUUCUUGACAAUGGAUUUAGUCAGCUCAUCGUGAUUCGUUCGUAGUAAUUAAUAAUGAGAAAUGCUCCCAAGGUUUUACCAUUAAUCAAAAGUGACUGCCUGGAUGUGAAAGACAGGCGCGAAAAGUUUGGUGAGGGUGCGAAUUGAACUCAGGUGUGUGAGGUGGCCAGGUGGACGGCGGGCAGCCCUCCACUGUCAGCGUGCGCUGGGACGAUCCAUUCCUGUUACGGGCUGCUGUUGAUCAUGUUCUGCAAACCUCUGUGAGGCUUGCCGCCACUUGCUGCUUGUUUCGUCCUGACAAGUUAGCGACAGUGAUUGUCUGGAGAAAGAAGAGGAGUGACCGCCAUGAGGAGCCAAACUUGUGUCCGCUCCGCCCUGGCUAUGCUGGGCCUGCUCGCUGCCCUGCCUCUCCCCGCGGCUCAAGGUCAGGUCCAGGCGCCGCGGUUCAUCGGAGCACAGGAGGCCACGGAGAGCAUCGUGAGCGAGAACCACACCAAGAUCCUACAAUGCCAGGCCUUUGGAUAUCCUCAGCCAGAAUACCGGUGGCUGCGGGACUGGGAGCCGCUCGGAGACUUCACCAGCGAACACUUCUUGAAGAUUUCCUCUGUGACUCGGGAUGACGCGGGCGACUACCGCUGUGUGGCGCGGAACUCUGCGGGAGCAAUAUUCACCCCAAAGACCACCUUUGCUGUGGCAUACAUGAGUGGCUACAACAGCACGGAGGACACCACAGUGACGGUGGCGGCGGGACAGGCAGCAGUGCUCUCUUUGCCGCCGCUUGAUUCGUACCCGCCGCCCUCUGUUACGUGGAUGGCAGACGAUGGCACCUACCUCCGCGGCAUCAAGUACGCCACCACGGAGCCAAACAGUCGCUUCGUCAUUUUGUCCACCCAGGCGUCCGACAUGAAGACGUACAGUGCCCGUAUCACAAACACCCAGUUAGGCAUUGAGGAAGUGAGUGGAGGAUUUACUCUAGUGGUGGAAGGAGAGGAGGCAGGGGAAGAGGUGGCUCCAUCCAUUAUUGUGCCUCCCACCAACACAACCAUCAUCAAAGACUCUAGCAUUGCCUAUCUACAGUGUAUUGCUAAUGCAAGGCCAAUGUACCAGCUACAAACCCUCUGGUUCAAAGAUGAUGUUCCCAUAGAGCUUUCAGGCGUCACCUUUUCCUUCAAUGGCCUGUGGAACCGCACCCUGAGUCUCCUCCAGGCAGAUCUGCACUAUGCUGGGCUGUACCGGUGCCAAGUCCGCCUCCUCUCCAGCAUUGAUGAGCCGCUGCUGGCUGAGGCGCACGUCACCAUUCAUGAGCGUCCAAGACUUAUAAAACCGCUUCCAGUGGAGACAUAUGCUGAUCUAGGAAAAACCCUGACCAUUGCUUGCUCAGUGGCUGGAACACCACUUCCUUAUAUGAGUUGGUUCAGAGAUGCAAUCAAUGUUAACACCCUGCAUGAUAACAGGUACAGAGUUCUACUGAAUGGAUCCCUUGCCAUAUCAGGAGUUCAGGUCAAUGACACAGGAAUGUAUCAAUGCUUGGCUUCCAAUGAUGCUGGAGAAACGUCAGCUUACACUUGGCUUAAAGUCAAAACGAGAUGGGAGGCCCCUGCUAAACGUGUACACAGGUCCCUCAGAGAUAGGACCAUUGAGCAGUCUACUUCAGCUCCUCAAAUGAAGGUAGCACCUGAGAACAUGACGGUGCUGGACGGACAGGAUGCCACCAUUCGUUGUCAGGCGGGAGGAGCACCACAGCCCAAUAUAACCUGGAUUUUCAAUGACAGUUUAGAACUUGUGGAAAAUGGCCAUUAUCAAAUUCUUGAUGAUGGAGAUCUCUUGAUAUCCAGCGUUCACUCCCGAGAUGAAGGGAAGUACACCUGUCUGCGUGCCAAUGAAGCUGGAAGCAUAUCACAGGAUGCUUGGCUUUCCAUUCUGGUGAAAACUCAAAUAUCACAACCACCUGUGGAUACAAGAGUAAUAUUAGGUAGAGUGGCCACGCUGCAGUGUAAGGUGUCCCAUGCACCCUCUGUUUCUGUGCAUGUCCAGUGGUCUCAUGGAAGUAGCAUAAUUCAGUCAGAAGGAAACCCUCGCAUCAGUGUUCGCAGUGAUGGAACACUGGAAAUACAGGAAGUGAGAGCAGCUGAUGUAGGACUCUACACUUGUGUGGUUACUUCAUCUGGUGGUAAUGAAACUCGGUCUGCACUGUUAGAGGUGAUAGAACUGCCUUAUGCUCCAUCCAGUGUUAAGGCGGUACGCACCCCAUUGAUACCUAAGUCUGUUCGGGUCACAUGGACUCCAACCUUUGAUGGAAACAGUCCUAUUGAAAAAUUUAUCGUACAGAAGAGGGAGGUCCCCACUGAAGCUGCUAUUCAGGAUUUGGGGCUAAAAUGGGUGACCGUAUUGACAAAUGUGAGUGCAGCAGCAACUGAUGCGAUCAUUGGUGACUUGAGGCCGUCCACAGGCUAUCAGUUCAGAGUGUCAGCAGUCAACAAUGUUGGGGAGGGCUCCUCUUCUCAGCCCUCAAAUAUUGUGGUUUUGCCACAGGAAGCUCCCUCUGGACCACCACAGGGACUAGUGGGGUCCCCAAGGUCAUCCACUGAGAUCAUGAUUCAAUGGGAGGCACCUCUGGAGGAGGAGAGGAAUGGCAUAGUGCUGGGCUAUAUGGUGCGCUACAGGCUGCAUGGCUAUAAGGACUCCCAGUGGUACUACCGCAAUAUUACCAAGGAGCAAGUAAAGACAGUGCAACGCUUCGUUUCUGGCCACAAGUAUAAGAAUCAGUACAAUUAUCUCAUUGGUGGUCUGAUAAUCUGGAAGAACUACGAGAUCCAAGUGGCAGCAUACAACGUCAAGGGUGUUGGUGUUUACUCUCGUAGUAUCCAGAUCAAAACUAAAGAGGGAGUCCCAACAGCUCCACCAAAAGAGGUUGAAGCUGAAGCUGUUAGUUCAACUUCCAUAAAGGUGUCCUGGAAGCCACCAGACCCUCAGAUGAUUAACGGCAUAAAUCAGGGAUACAAACUUCAAGCCUGGCGAGGCUUACCAAAUGACUCCACCAAGCCAGAGAAAACCUUAACAGUUCCUCCAAGUCCUUACACAGAUGCUAAUGAGUCAUCUGUACUUGAGAAAUUAGAUAAGUACACUGAAUAUUAUAUCACCGUGCUGUGCUAUACUCAUCCAGGCGAUGGCGUCAGGUCAAAGCCCAUCAAGAUACAGACUCUUGAAGAUGUUCCAGAUCAAGUUGUCAAUCUGAAGUUUGAGGACAUCAGUGACCGGUCAGUGCGUGUGCUCUGGAGUGAACCAGACCAGAGCAAUGGUAUCCUUAAGGGCUACACCCUUACUUACAUGGUGAAGGAUUCUCCUCACACUAAGAUUGUAAAGAACUUGACAGCUGAUGUCUCAACAUACACAGUUACUGAACUCUCAGCUACAACUUACUACACCUUUGAAGUGUAUGGUUGGACUGCUGUUGGGCCAGGUGUUCCCAGUAUAGCCACCUUACAAUCUGGUGUGGAGCCAGUACUGCCUGAACCUCCCACACGCUUGGCUGUCUCAAACAUCCAGGCAUUCUCUGUCCUGCUGCAGUUCACACCAGGCUUUGAUGGGAAUGCUUCCAUCACAAAGUGGACUGUUCAGGCUCAGUCUUCUCGCAGUAGCACUUGGGAGACAAUCUAUGAGGUGUCCGCCCCUGAUGCUACAACAGUUACUGUCCAGAAUCUUAUCCCUUAUUCAAAUUAUCGACUUCGUAUCAUAGCAAACAAUAUAGUUGGUCCUUCAUCUCCCUCUGGACAUUCACCAGACUUCCAGACUCUCCAGGCCCAGCCCGCUCACCCACCAUCAAACAUGACAGUGCGAGCCAUGUCUUCUACUCUCCUUCGAGUUCGCUGGAUACCCCUGCAACAGUUUGAGUGGUACGGAGCCCCUAAGGGAUAUCAUAUCAAGUACCGGCCUGUGGGAUGUGAGUGCAGCUUUUCAGAGGCAUUUGUGUAUGACAUCACUGCUAACUCACACCAGUUGGUGGAUUUGCAGGAAUACACUCAGUAUGAAGUUACAAUGGUUGCUUCUAAUGACAUCGGUGAAUCAUCUCCUGCUCCCAUGGCUGUAGAGAGAACAAGAGAGUCUGUUCCAAGUGCUGGGCCAGAUGGUGUCAGUGCCAAUGCCACAUCAUCAACUACCGUUGUUGUUCGCUGGAAAGAAGUACCGAGUAUUCACCAAAAUGGGAUCAUAGAAGGCUACAAAAUUGUGUAUGUUGGUAAGAAUGCAAAGCCACAGGAGAAAGUAAUACCCAACAACAAUACUUUUUCUGCAACAAUUACUCAACUAAGGAAAUAUUAUCAGUACACCAUACAAGUGCUGGCCUACACAAGACUUGGAGAUGGGGCACUCUCCUCUCCGCCAUUGCUGCUGCAGACACAUGAAGAUGUUCCUGGGCCUCCAUCAGCAAUAUCUUUCCCUGAUGUGUCCUUCACCUAUGCACGCAUUAUUUGGGAUGUUCCUGAAGAACCCAAUGGAGAAAUAACUGCAUACUCCAUAGUGUACCACCUUGCUGACAGCACAGAUGUUAACAACACCCAUGAGUUUCCUCCAACAGAACGCACAUUUAAAGCUGUGGAAUUGAAACCUGAGAGCAACUACAUGUUCCUUGUCAGUGCCCGCACACGGCUGGGCUAUGGGCAAUCAGUGCAAGCCCCAGUAUACACCACUAACAACAGGGAACUUCCAGCACCUCCUUCCCGACCUUCCAUAUCACACUCACAGAUAACCUCUACUUCAAUUACCUUUUCCUGGAAUCCUGGAAGAGAUGGAUUUGCCCCUAUAAGAUAUUAUACAGUGCAGUAUACUGAAGGCAAGAAUGGAUGGCAGACCAUUCAGGAAAAGAUAGAUUACUCAGGGAACAGUUAUUUAGCAGAAAAUCUCAAGCCUUUCACAUCCUACAAAUUCCGACUCCAGGCUACAAAUGACAUUGGGGCGAGCGGCUGGAGUGAGAGCAGUGAGGACGUCCGAACAUUACCUGCAGCUCCCAUUGAACCUCCUACUGAUAUAAAAGUUAUUCCCAUCACAACAAAGAGUGUCCGCGUGGAAUGGACACCUCUUUUUCCAGACUCAUGGAGUGGGGAUUCCCAAACAGGAGGCUACAGAAUAAAGUAUCGCCAAAUGGCAGACAUCCCGACUGCCUUUAGUUUACAGCAAAAAGAGUUAAAAGAUACCUUAUCCAGAGAUGUUGUGCUUGAGGAUCUUCAGGUGGACAAAAAUUAUGAGGUAUUGGUGGUGGCUUUUAAUGCCCAGGGAGAGUCACCCCCUUCUGCACCCAUAACAGUGUAUGUGGGAGAAGCUGUGCCCACUGGCAACCCCAAAAACAUCAUAGCAGAGGCACUUUCUUCCACUGAAAUCAAACUCUCAUGGGAGCCCCCAGAAGAAGAAGACAAAAAUGGUGAAUUACUUGGCUACAAAAUAUUCUAUAGGAGUGACAAAGACCCAGAAGGAUCUGAUGAGAUAGAAGUUGUUGGAGCUGCAACCACCAGUUAUGAACUCCCUUACCUUGACAUGUACACAAAAUAUGUCAUCACUAUGUUGUGCUUCAACCCUGCUGGUGAUGGACCCAAAUCACAGCCAGUGUUGGUACGCACCCGUCAGGAUCUUCCUGGGCCAGUUGCUAAGCUGAGAUUUUCGGAUAUUACUAUGAACAGCCUCAAAGUGAUAUGGGAUGAGCCACCAAGACCCAAUGGAGUAAUACAGGGAUAUCUUGUUACCUAUGAGACAGCUCAACCUGAUGAGAAUUUCAGCAAGCAAGUGAAGCAAAAGGUAACAACACCAUAUUUACUUGUAACAUCUCUGGAGGAAGAAGUGACAUACAAAUUCAGCGUUCGAGCUCAAACUGUUGGUGAUGGUCCAGAGGUGAAGGCCAAUGUGACCACUGGCCCUCAAGAGGGCUCACCUGCACGUCCCAAGGACCUGAGCCUCACCAAGACAGUGUCCAGUGUCACUCUUCAUUGGCGCAAUAGCCACUCAGGAAAAGGACCAAUUUUAGGUUAUUAUAUUGAAGAAAGAAAAAUUGCCAGCUUUGAAUGGCAGAUGUAUUCUGACAAAUGGUCAGUACUGAUGAAGACUGAAACAGGGGAAGUGGAGGAAUACACUGUGUCCUACCAGAACCUCCUGCCUUCCACUCAGUAUGAGUUUCGUCUCAUCACCUACAAUGAAUAUGGUAUUUCAUAUCCAGCAGUUGCUGAUGAAAAAAUUGUGACUCCUUCAAAACGUUUCCUGGAGUACGGCUACUUGCAGCAGCGGCCAUUUUAUCAUCAGACGUGGUUUAUGGUCACACUGGCUGCUGUGUCCAUUGUCCUCAUCAUUAUUGUCAUUGCAGCUCUGUGUGUCAAAAGCAAAACCUACAAAUACAAACGUAUUGUAGAGGAUUUGUUGUCAGCACAAGAAGCUGCUAACAAGACGAUGGAGGAAUCCCUCAACACAGAUGAGACAGCUUUCUCAACAUUUGAAAUGAGACAGUCUCGCCGAGGCACCAUGAGUAAGAGAAGUACCUUAGGCAGGAGGUCAGUGGUGGGGGCCACUGCUGUCGUGAAUGCCAAGUCCCCUCCAAGACCAGCUCCUGCUUCUGUCACUUACUCAGAUGAUGACACUGUUAAGGGUUAUGAUGAAAAUCCAGAUGACUCAAGUGAACUAACAGAGAAACCAACAGAUUUGUCAUCGACAGCAUCUGAGCAAGAAUCUGAGAGUGAGAAUGAGAGUCAUCCCUCAGAGCCACACUCUUUUGUGAACCAUUAUGCCAACGUGAAUGACACAUUGCGACAGUCCUGGCGGAGACAGAAGCCAGUCCGUAAUUACUCCAGCUACACAGACUCUGAAGCAGAGGGAAGUGCAGUAAUGAGCCUCAAUGGAGGACAGAUAAUCAUGAAUAACAUGGCUGGAUCCCGAGCACCUUUACCAGGAUUUUCAUCCUUUGUAUAGUCACACUAUUAAAAUAGAUGCUUAAUGAGAAAAGACAUAUAGUAAGUUGAUUUUUAUGUGAUACUGGAUCUCAUGGAGAUCUAACAUAGUGAGACUUGACACAGGUGAAACAAAGAAAAUAGAUUGGUUACUGCCAUAUUCAAACACCUCAUGCCAUAUUGAACAAACUUGUGUCAAAUGGACACUUGUCCUCAUUGUCUGUGAUAUCUAUAGCAUUACUGUAUAUAUUUGUAGUAGUAUUUUUUUUUUUAGAUAUCAUCUUCAUCUAGUACAUUUUAAAACUCAUUCAAAUCAUAUUUCUUUUUUUGGUAAAACUUGGACAAAAUUUUGAACUCAAUGGAAAUCAAAUUCUGGUAUCAUCAAUGUCAUUUGGAAUCAUUAUUUUUCAUGUAGAUAGUUUUAUCAUUCUUACUUUAGCUUCAUUUGAAAGUACAAGAUGUAAACAAUCAUAAAGUUUGUUUAGUUUUACAGUAUUUUCUACUUUUAUAUUUGCAUUUAACCAUUUUAUUUAUUCCAUUAUUUUCACAUCUCUAUGGUAGUUUUAUACCAAAGUACUGAAGCUAUACUUAAUACCUUGAAUGAAGUCUGCAGUAGUCUAAAGGAAUAUCCAUGUGUUGAAUUAUUGUGUUGAAGAAAAAUAAUAGUAACAAUUUCAUUAUGUGAGGAAGCUUUAUGCAUCACAGUCAAUUUACAAAAUGUGUGUGCAAUGAAUGUCUCCACUAUCUA